AUGGAAGGAGUUGAAGAUAUGAACUAUCUUAAAGGAACAAUUUUAGCUGACUAUGAUCAAUGAAGUUACUGCGAAAGCUCAGAAAUAGUAAAGGAACAGAUAAUUCCGCUUUGAGCAUUUGAACCAGAACCUGCACUAACAAAACAUUCACUUUAUGAUAUUGUCCAGAAAAUUAUCAAUCAUGUAAAAAUUAUUUAGGGUCAAAGCCUCAUAUUGAUUGCCAAAUCUAAAGGCGACUAUAUCCCUGACUUUAAAUUUCUAGUCAUAAAUUGUCUGACCUUUACAUACAACUAUGUCUUAAGAGCACUUGAGAGCUUAGUAAAUUGUGAAACAGAUAGAAUUAAUCAAAUGAGCCAAACAAUUUAUGCAGUUAUGGGCAUCGGAUAUUUUAGCAUUGUGAGUUGUACUUUAACUCUAAUAUAUUUCAUAGCUUGCAUUGAAAAAAGAUAUGAUGAAGCAUGACGCUUUAUCAGAAAAAAGACAUCAUCAUCUUAUCACGAUCUUACAGAUUCCAUAAUAAAAAGGCUUGAGGAAGUGCAUAAAACCUUGACUUCCAAAACUUUUAAAAAGAAAGCACGAUUAAAAACAAAGAUUUCAAUCAAAUCAAAAAUUUUCCAAAGAUAUAUGCUAAAAAUUUCAUUUUUUUUAGUCAUAGCAUCUUCAUUUUACUUUCUUUCGAUAUUUUUCCUUUACCCAAAAGUAGAAAUUAAUAUGAAAUAUAGGCCGCUAGUAUUGAACCAUUUCGUUUAUAAAAAAUCUACACUCUCUCGAUUAGGGUAUUUUACUAGAGAUAAAAAUGAUCCUAGAUUUUUAUUACAUUAUCCUGACUCGGACGCUCUGCACAAUCCAAAUAUCAGCUAUGCAAACACAGUAUCUUUCCUUAAAUCUACAUUAAAAGAUAUAAGGAAAAAAAAUUAUUUGAAUCUCAUGUUGUUAUGAUUAUAUUACUUAAUGAAAAGCCCAAUGUAAUUCGGGAAGGACUAUUUUCGCACCUGGCGCCACCUUCACAUGCUUGCCAACUCGCAAACGACCUUACAAAGGAUGCUCCUGCUUGGGCAAGUGCCUUCACUCACUCCCUAUAGUUUGGGUGUGUUGCACUUUACGUCCGCAAACGCUGCUCACCUUGGAAAAAAAUCGAAAUAGUUGAAUUUUCUGGUCCAAAAUGGAAAUCAAAAGCCCAGGGCGCAACCCCUUGCUUCACUCUGGAAAAUGGUUCGAUAGACCAGGAAAUAACCGUCAGCUCUACUGGGAAGAUCCCUUCCAACUCUCAGCUUCAUUUCCCUCUGAGGCAAAAAAAAGCUUGAUCUUGAUUAAAGCGAGCAAUAGUGAGCCUGAAUUGCGUUUCACCAGCCUUAUCGUAUAUAAAUCACAGAAGUCAACUUUUCUUCCAUAAAGUCCAUGCGAACUAUAUGUGCUAAGAGGGUGGGCUGGCUUAUCGCGCCAUUUUAAAGUAUAUUGAUUCUCAUGUCAGAUGAUCUAAAAUCGAGCGUCUUUGGAUUGCAAAGCUCACCAGUCAACAACUUCAUGAAAUAUGGAAGCUUCUAUGCUACUAAUUAUCUUCUAUUAGAAGCAGACUACAUCGGAAAUCCAACUUCUGCAGCUAAUAUUGUUGUGAGAUAUAAUUUCAUUAAAAACUACACAGCUCUUCAAGCUAUAAUAGAACAUGAGUAUCAUAUGGCUAAUAAUGACUCCGAAAACCAUAUUUAUAAUGAGCUCAAUAUUUUCGCAUUUGUCACUUUGGCUUAUUCAUUAGCUUUAUUGUCUUUAUAUUUCGGAUACUAUUUUCCUUACCUCAAAAGUGAGGUUAAAAUGAUUGAUAAGCUUAAUAACUUAAUGGCCGUUAUAAAAUAA